AAAAGUGCACUCACUCUCCCUCAGACUGUACCACUCAGGGUGGGAAUGCUGAGACAGACACACAGUUUAUUUUUGGGUCAGUGACAGUGUGUCAAUGGCCGCAGAUGCUUCGCAAAGGAAGGCUCUGAGAUACCAACAGACCCUGCUGUAUGGGGAGUACAGGGAACAGCCCGGAGGGUCUUGUGAACGACAGGCCGGUCGCCUACUGACAGAGAUUCAGGCGAAGAAAAAGCAUCAUCAUGGACAACAGCAGCAUGGUCUUCACAGACACCAUCGGCACAGUCACAGCCGACACCACAUGGAACCGGACACAGGACAUGAUAGAAAAGAAUCAGAGAACAGGCACACAUCCUCCCUGAAGAAACAACCCUCCUACUCCAAGUACAAAGACUGUUUGGCUCGUGUACAGAAGUUCCUAGUAACUAAAUUGGGAGAAGACUGGGUCUUUCUAGUGCUCCUGGGUAUCACCAUGGCAUUAGUCAGUUGGACCAUGGACUAUGCCAGUGCCAAGAGCCUCCAAGCUUAUAAGUGGAUGUUUGGAAAGCUGAGGGGAAAUGUUCCAUUGCAGUACUUGGUCUGGAUCGCCUAUCCAAUGGUGCUCAUCUUGUUCGCCUCCUUCUUCUGCAAUCUGGUUGCUCCACAAGCCAUCGGUUCUGGUAUCCCUGAGAUGAAAACAAUCCUGAGAGGAGUUGUGUUGAAAGAGUACCUCACAUUUAAAGCGUUUGCAGCAAAAGUAAUUGGUCUUACUGCUGGAUUAGGAAGCGGAAUGCCAGUAGGCAAAGAGGGUCCUUUUGUACACAUAGCCAGCAUUUGUGCUGCUGUGCUCAGCAGGUUUAUGGCCUUUUUUUCUGGGGUCUAUCAGAGCCCAUAUUGCUACACAGAUAUUCUCACAGUUGGGUGUGCUGUGGGGGUAGGCUGCUGUUUUGGCACUCCACUUGGAGGAGUGCUGUUCAGCAUUGAGGUUACAUCAACGUUUUUUGCAGUGAGGAACUAUUGGAGGGGGUACUUUGCCGCCACAUUUAGUGCCUUCAUAUUCCGGGUGCUUUCAGUGUUCAAUAAAGACGCAGUCACCAUCACUGCUCUGUUCCGCACCAAGUUCCGCAUGGACUUUCCCUUUGACCUGCAGGAGCUGCCAGCAUUCGCCAUCAUUGGCAUUUGUUGUGGGUUUCUUGGAGCUUUCUUUGUCUACUUGAACCGGCAGGUUGUCCUCUUCAUGAGAAGACCCAACUCCUUUACACGGUUUCUUACCAAACACCGACUAAUUUACCCAAGUGUUGUAACUUUUGUAAUCGCAACGCUGACAUUCCCACCAGGAUUUGGACAGUUCAUGGCAGGAGAGCUAAUGCCCAGAGAGGCUAUAAACUCUCUGUUUGAUAACUUCACCUGGACCAAAAUAUGGGGUGCUCCUGCUCCACCUGGUCUGGCACGAUCUUCUACCUGGCUUCAUCCGGAUGUCAAUGUAUUUAUCAUACUACUUCUCUUCUUCAUCAUGAAGUUCUGGAUGUCAGCUGUUUCAACAACAAUGCCCAUCCCCUCUGGAGCAUUCAUGCCUGUGUUUGUGCUUGGUGCAGCAUUUGGUCGUCUAGUGGGGGAGAUCAUGGCCACCCUAUUUCCUCAUGGCAUUCUAUUUGAUGGCAUCCUCUACCGGAUCAUUCCUGGAGGGUAUGCUGUCAUUGGUGCAGCAGCAAUGACAGGGGCUGUCACUCAUACAGUCUCUACUGCUGUGAUUUGUUUUGAGCUGACUGGUCAGAUCUCCCACAUUCUUCCCAUGAUGGUAGCAGUUAUCCUGGCCAACAUGGUGGCACAAGGACUUCAACCCUCACUUUACGACUCCAUCAUCCAGGUCAAGAAGUUGCCAUACCUCCCAGAGCUAGGCUUUGGUCAUAUCAGUCAAUAUAACAUCUUUGUUGAAGACAUCAUGGUGAGAAAAGUGAAAUAUCUGUGCUCACAGUCCACGUACAGAGAAGUGCUACAUCUACUGGAGUCCACAUCCCUCAAAAAUUUCCCUCUGGUGGACUCAAAAGAAUCAAUGAUCCUCUUGGGAAGCAUUGAGCGGUCUGAGCUUCUUGCCCUCUGUGAUUGGUGGCUAUCAGCAGAGCGGCGGAUCCUGACACAGGGAGUAGGUUUGCAAGGCAAAGGGUUAUAUGCCAGCUGGGAAUCCAUUGCCUUUGCAGAUGAAGAAGGAGAAGACAGUGGUGGUGAAAAGAGCAUACCGAUGCUGGAAGAAAGGAAUGGCCCUUUACCUCCACCCAAACAGCCAGAGCCCACCACAAAUUGUACCCCUCCUGCUAAAGGUCCCCUCCAGUCUUUCAGGAGAACUUUACAUAACCUUUUCUCCUCCUCUUCAGAAAGACAGGCAGAGGUGCAGUCAAAGGAGCCAACUCCUCCUCAACUCACUGAUACAAUGACACCUGAAGAGGUUAAAGCAUGGGAGGAGUCAGAGAUGGACAAGCCACUGGAACUUGAGAGGGUGAGGAUAGACCCAUCUCCUUUUCAGCUGGUGGAGAGAACGUCGCUACACAGGACUCAUACAUUGUUCUCCUUACUGGGCCUCAGUAAUGCCUAUGUAACCAGCAUAGGCAAGUUAGUAGGAGUUGUAGCACUGAAAGAGCUUCAGAAAGCCAUCGAAGGCUCAACACGGAGUGGUGUCCGCUUGCGUCCCCCACUGGCCAGUUUCCGUGACACCAUCCGUAAGUACUCCAAGACGACCCAGGCCUCCUCGGCCUCAAUUUCCCCAAUGUCUUCCUCCGCCCCUGACUCCCACCAUCGUUCAUCCCAAGUGGUCCCCCCAGUUCCCCUGGCCCCUGUCAAACAGCAGGAGGAGGCAGAAGUGUGGAUUGAAGGCGAAAAGCAAGAGACAGUGGUAAACACCAGCAGCUCCAUGACAGGAAGCAGCAGCCCUAAGAUAGGAAGUAGUAUCAGCAAUGCAGGAAGUCCCAACGGCAGCCCAUCUCAAACUCCUUCCUCUCAUCCCACUCUAUCACUCUCAACCGUGAAACCUGCCCCUGAGGACAAAAGAGAUGGUGAUCAAGAAAGUGAUGACGAGGAACCCCUUUAAGAGCUGUGUUUCUAAUCUGUUUGUUUUCCCUUUAUUGUAAUUUUAUAUAUUAUAUUUUUGUGUUUUUAUGCCCUCUCAUGUGAUAUUGCCUUUGGAUUUUAGCUAGUCAUAAUCCUAUGUGUCUGUGGAAAACUGCUGACAGUAGUUUUGGUGGUUCAAGAGUUAAGCAGUGUAAUUACUUGGUUAGCCAGUGUUGAUUUUCUGGUUUCCAUGUUGAAUGUUUUUUUUUUUUUUUUUUUUUUUUUUUUUAGAAGUCACUUUUAUAAGAUAAUAAUUUAUAGGGCUCUAUAAAUCCACUCCACGGUAUCAAAUUAACAUGAGUAAAAAAAGAAACUCAAAAGCAUUUGGUGCAGAUAUCAAAUAGACAGUACUUAUAGUAACUCUGUGGAACAUAGCAAUGUCCCUUUAGUUCGACAUGGAAUGGUGUCCACUUGUGUCCCCCUCUGGCCAGUUUCUAUGACACCAUCCAUAACCAGCAAGCCAGCUGAGGCCUCCUCUGCCCCAUCUUUACCCAUGUCCUCCACUUCUACCAUAGAACGAUCCAGUGUUUCCCUAAGUAUUCUGCUGCAUUGGACUUACCUCGUCGGUGCAGUCAGCAUAUGAAGUGGAAAAAACAUAGACGCCUCCUGUUCAUCUUUUAUUAGGAACAAGCUAGCCAGCUAACUGUGUUGAGUGAUGUAUAUUUACCUCCUCAAACAGCGAUCUGUACAAUCCGUGUUAUAGAUUUAACAAGCAAAUAUGUGUGUAUGUUGAUUGAUCUAAAGCAAAUACUUGUAUCUACAGUAUAACUCAUUUUAAAGGUAAGAA